AUGGCAGAAGUAGAAAAGAAAGGAGAGCAUGAAAAGAUAGAGACCAUCCCUAAAAAGCAAAAAGAAGAAGUCCCCGGUGGAAUGGAAAAGGAGGGACUUGCCGAUAGCGUCAAGAAAGAAGUUGAAACAAAGAAGGCACAUCAAAGCCCAUUUCUAACCAAUGGAGUACCUCGAAAAGACGAAACCAAAGGAGGAGAGGAAAAGGAUAAGAUUGAUGUAACUGAAGUGGUUGAGAAGCAAAGAAAACAUCUCGAGGAAAACCAGAGUGACGAGGUUCUAUUUAAGGCUAGAUGUAAGCUCUAUUAUUUCUCUGAGGAGACCAAGGCUCUUGAGGAACGAGCUGAAGGGACCAUGAUUAUUGGAAUGCAUUCGAAGAGCAAUCUUGUUAAGAUAACAGUAUUUAGGGACCAGAUUGGUAGGCUUGGAUGCAAUCAUUUCAUCAAUCCAAGAUUCAAAGCACAGCCACACGGAAAGGUUAGUAAUGGAUGGAUGUGGAUGUCUACCGAGGAUACGGUCGAGGUGGAUGCUCAAAGAAAGAAAAUCCAACUGUUUGUUGUGAAGUUUUAUUCUGAGGAGGAUUAUCGAAGGUUUGGUGAGGAAUAUGACUUGGGGAGAUCUCACAAUGAAAAAUCUCUUAAGACAAAAGUGAAUAAAGAAUGA